UAUGUAUUUUCUUAGUUUAUUUUUCCUUUUUCCUCUUCACUUUCACUAAUAGCUGAUUUAAACUUUUAUGGUGUUGGAAGCUUUGCUGACUUCUGUAGCCUCCAUUACUGUGUAGGCAAGUAAGAUUUUAAGAGAAACAGUUGUUUACUAAGUCUGGCAUGCCACCCUUCUUAAAAGAUUUUGCAUGCAAAUGCUUAUUCUAACAGAAGCAUGAGGUUGCUGUAUUUUAAUUAGUCUUGCAAUUCUAGAGUUCUUUACUUUUCAAAACAAAUUCCUUUUCUAUUUAGAUUCUUAAAUUAAUCCUUUAUUAACUAGUCAUAAAUAGACUGUUCUUUCCUUCUAAAUCCAGGUAUUCCAUGUCUACUUAGACACUGGUUUUUGGUUUUUGUUUUUAUCUGGGUUUUUUUUUUUUGUAUCUUCACAAGUCACACUGACUCUUCUUUGAAAUGUUCCAAAAUAUCUAAAAGAUACCUUAUAAUCAAGCAAGUAGUCCCUUUGAAAUAAGGUAGGACAUACUCUGUGCAUUUUGUGUUAGUGAUGGCUGUGAGUCCUACCCUUUCUCUAAUGCCCUGAAAAAGAUAAAAGGAAAGACUGAUUAGUGAGUGGGUAGAUUAGAAAAGAUAUUCUUUUGUUCUUAAUACGUCAGUUUUUUAGAAUAAAUGAACCUGGAGUGAAGAAUUUCUUUUCAUGAAGACCAAAAUGAGAAUAUUUGAGACAUGGGCAUUCCACAAGUAGAUGCAUAUAAUGAAAGCAAUCUGAUAAUGUAGUUUGGGAUGAAUAUGCAGGGAGAGGUAGAUGAGGGUGCAUGUUAACGUGUUUGGUGAUUGCACAUUGGGAACUCUUUUUUAGUGCAUUAGAGAGGAGUAGAAAGCUGACUGUUGAUAGCAUUUUCUCUUUGCUCUCCACAGCAGACUCUGCGUAUGUAUUCACCUUGUGUGUCCUGUUAACUAUCCCUUAUGCUGCACUUUUGAUGAUUAAUUUUCUCUGAAAUAUAUUCUAGAUUUCUAACAUGCUUUAUUAAAAAUUAUUAUGCAUUUAACCUUUAAAUAUAUGCCUGAACUUUUCCCAAGCAAUUUCUUAAUAUUUAGUAUAGAAGAUAAUUCCUCAUUUAAUACUUAGUUUAUUUGCCUAGGUUGGAUUAUCUCAAGAUGCCCAAGAUCAAAUGAGAAAGAUGCUUUGCCAAAAAGAGUCUAAUUACAUCCGUCUUAAGAGGGCUAAAAUGGACAAGUCUAUGUUUGUGAAGAUAAAGACAUUAGGAAUAGGAGCAUUUGGUGAAGUCUGUCUAGCAAGAAAAGUAGAUACCAAGGCUUUGUAUGCAACAAAAACUCUUCGAAAGAAAGAUGUUCUGCUUCGAAAUCAAGUUGCUCACGUCAAAGCUGAGAGAGAUAUCCUGGCUGAAGCUGACAACGAAUGGGUAGUUCGUCUUUAUUAUUCAUUCCAAGACAAAGACAAUUUAUACUUUGUAAUGGACUAUAUUCCUGGGGGUGAUAUGAUGAGCCUAUUAAUUAGAAUGGGCAUCUUUCCAGAAAAUCUGGCACGAUUCUACAUAGCAGAACUUACCUGUGCAGUUGAAAGUGUUCAUAAAAUGGGUUUUAUUCAUAGAGAUAUUAAACCUGAUAACAUUUUGAUUGAUCGUGAUGGUCAUAUUAAAUUGACUGACUUCGGCCUCUGCACUGGCUUCAGAUGGACACAUGACUCUAAGUACUACCAGAGUGGUGACCAUCCACGGCAAGAUAGCAUGGAUUUCAGUAAUGAAUGGGGUGACCCCUCUAACUGUCGAUGUGGUGAUAGACUGAAACCACUGGAGCGGAGAGCUGCACGCCAGCAUCAGCGGUGUCUCGCACAUUCUUUGGUUGGGACUCCUAAUUAUAUUGCGCCUGAAGUCUUGUUACGAACAGGCUACACACAGUUGUGUGAUUGGUGGAGUGUUGGUGUCAUUCUUUUUGAAAUGUUGGUGGGACAGCCUCCUUUCUUGGCACAGACACCAUUUGAAACACAAGUGAAGGUUAUCAACUGGCAAACAUCUCUUCACAUCCCACCGCAAGCUAAACUGAGUCCUGAAGCCUCUGAUCUUAUUAUUAAACUCUGCCGAGGACCAGAAGAUCGCUUAGGCAAGAAUGGUGCUGAUGAAAUAAAAGCUCAUCCAUUUUUUAAAACAAUUGAUUUUUCCAGUGACCUGAGACAGCAAUCUGCUUCAUACAUUCCUAAAAUCACACACCCAACAGAUACAUCAAAUUUUGAUCCUGUUGAUCCUGACAAGUUACGGAGUGAUGAUAAUGAGGAAGAAAAUGUAAACGACACCCUCAACGGGUGGUAUAAAAAUGGAAAGCACCCUGAGCACGCUUUCUAUGAGUUUACCUUUCGGAGGUUUUUUGAUGACAAUGGCUACCCUUAUAAUUAUCCAAAACCUAUUGAAUAUGAAUAUAUUAGCUCACAAGGCUCAGAGCAGCAGUCAGAUGAAGAUGAUCAGCACACAGGCUCAGAGAUGAAAAAUCGUGAUCUAGUGUAUGUCUGACACGCUAGGAAUUAAUGGUUAUGAGGAUUUGCAAAAAGGCCUGAAACGCAGGGUUUUUUGAAGCUCUGAGAGUAAAAUUAUGCAAAUGUGACAGAGCUAUGUAUGUUUGCUCUGUGUACAAUAUUUUAUGUUCCUAAAUUAUGGGAAAUCCUUUUAAAUAUUAAUUUAUUCCAGCCUUUUUAAUCAGUAAUUUAGAAAAAAUUUGUUAUAAAGAAAGUAAAUUAUGAGCUGAAUAUUAUAGUCAGUUCUUGGUACUUAAAGUACUUAAAAUAAAAAAUAGUGCUUUGUUUAAAAGGAGAAGCCUGUUAUCUAUUUGUACAUAAUGCUAAAUAAUUUUAAAAAACAAGAAUUUUUGAAAAGUUUUUGAAAGACAGUUUUAGUUUUAUCUUGCUUUAACCAAAUAUGAAAUACACCCCACAUUUACAGAGCUUUUUUUUUUUUCUCCCUUUCCCUGUAACUUUAUUAUUGGAAAAAAUAAGCUAUAGAAAUGAAGGCAUCAUGGUGGUGACUGUUCCUAGGCUAAUGAUAAUCUGUAUAAUUCACAUUUGAUAAAUAAGGAAUACAAAGUUGAAUAUGAAUACAAAAUAUGAAAUACAAAAAUGAAAUACAGUAUGCUCAUCCAAAUGAAAAAUAGUGCAGCUUAUCUUUUUCCCCUCUAUAGAAUAUUUAAUUUUUUAACAUAUCUCAAAAAUUAAUGGCUUUGAAAGAAGCAAAUCACUACAUUUUUCUUUCUAUACUGGUAUUUUUAAUGCUGCUUUCAGUUUUUAAAGGGAAUAAAGCUGCCAUAAAUUAUAAGGUUCAGUACUAAAAGCUAAGAUCUUUCAUAUUUUGAUUCUGAAAUUAAAAAAGAAAUAAUUCCACAUGUUAAGCAGAGAGAUUAUUUUCAACUUCAUAUAAAACUUUGAUUAGAACUUACUUGUGGGUACUUUUUCUAUAUAGUGAUAGUUUGGAUUAUGUCAUCAAUAAUGUUAUAGAUUUCCCCUUUCAAAACAGUGCUGCAUACAUGGACUGUUACUGGCAAAGGAAAGUCUGGCUAUUUGGCAGCAUUUUACCUAUGGUCAGAUUAAUUGGUGAAAAAAAUUAUUACUAUGUAACUCCUAAUUAAGGUGGCCAUUAGUAAUUAGGAAAAAAUACAUAGUGGUUGUAGUAGAAAAUUCAAAACCUCAUAACUUAUUUAAAGUUAAGUAAUAUGUUUUUCAGCAUUACUAUUAUAUAUAAUACUUAGGUUUUAAGGACAGCUUGUUUCAUACCAAAAUACAUUUAGCUUAUCUUUUAGGAAGGGGAAAAGGGCUCUAUUCUAACAUUAGUAAAAUUUGUAUUUUAUUUGCUUUUCUUAAGCUCCACUGGUAGGGAAUUGUUUUAUCAAAACUUAGUAUCUGUGGAUAAGAGGCAUAAUUUUAGUGAUUUUCAAACUUAUAAAAGCUAAUGGAAUCAUAUAUGUAAGUAAAAUUAAAGGCAAAAAAAAAGGCAAAGCUGUUCCAGUUGAAUUGGGGAGGGCAAAGAUUAAUUAGCUCACACUUAAAAUGUUUUCAUAGGUGGCCUUCUCAGAGCACUGCAUAACCCAGUAUGUAAUGGUGGGUCUUUGGCAGUUAUUGAUCAUUUUGAGAAUCUGAUGAAAAUUGGCUCUCUUCCCAGGAAAAUGCACAUCAACAAAUAUGCCUAAGAUGUCGCAUGCAGUUGGAUGUGUUGAAACCUGUCACAAACUCUUGGUUAUGGACCUCUGUCCUGUAAGAACACUGAUGUAUUAAAUUAAGAACUUUGCUUUAAAUUUACUGAUUAGUGCUCAGAUUAGCACAUCUUGUAUAAACACUGAUAAUUUAUGAUGAGAAAGGUCUGUACCGUGUGAUAAGAUAUCCUUAUGAAUGCCUCUCUUUCUGGAACAGCGCUCCACUUUAAACACACACUUUUAAGGGCACUACCAUACAUGUUUGACUUGUUACAGGCUUAAUAUAGAAAUAUUUUGAAGGACCUCUACUCAGAAUUGUGAGAAAAUGCACUGUGUAAGACGGCAGUCUUCACUUCAUGGAGUAUUUGAUUAGUCCUAUAAAAUUCUAUGCAAAACAAAUUAGUUCAAGAACUUUUGUUGUUACCCCUUGCUCUUCAGGCUUUCUCAGAUUUAUUGAAAUUUCCAUUUAGUUUUUAUUUCUGGACUAUGGUGCAAUACAGUACAGAACCAACUUUGUUACAGUUACAUUGUAGAAAAACUAAGGUGCUGUUUUCUCCCUCUCCCCACAAAAUCUGUGUUGCCCUUAUUCCUCAAAUGUAACAGACACUACAAAUACUGUAUCCUUUUAAAUUUUCUCUGACAGUAUAAACUUUUUGUACUUAAAUGAAGCAGUGUACAAGCCUUUAGUAUCUGCAUUUUUUUAACCGUUUGGAUAUACUGUCAUAUUCCCAAACUAUUAAACUACAUUAAGCUGACUUAUUCCCAAACUAUAUCUAAUCUUCCAGUAGGAAUCUGGUGCUUCCUGCCAAAAAGAUGAGAACAAUGUCAAAAAUCUAUAUGCUCUCAGUUGAAAUAGAGUGAAAACACUGACCAGUCAUGUUUUCUUUUUAAAAUAAUUUUGCCACUCAUUAAAAAAAAAAACUUGCUGUCUUUCUUAUACUUUCCCCUUUUAUGCAUAUCAAUGGUAUUUAUGAAAUGUGUUCUGUAGUUAUGUAAUUGUAGAUACAGUUAUGUAUUGUCCAGUGAUGUCUGAAGGCAGGCCCUGUUGCUAUAUCUUUUCUACCUUAUUUGUAAUAGAAACUAUAGAAUGUAUGACUAAGAAGUCACUUUGAAAUUGACUUUUUAAAAAAGUUAUAACCUUCUGCUGUUGCAAAGUGCAAAACUGUGAGAGGAAAUGAUUUAUUCUGACUUAAUAAUAUGUUGAAAUUAGAGAAUACAGUGGGAGGAUUUUUAGAUAUUGCUGCUGCUGUUACCUAAGGUACUUUAGACAUUUUUCUUUAAUAAACAAAAAUAAACAAAAAUCCCUUUGGUAUUUAAAGUAAAACAUUUAGCCUGUUUGUUUUAAUCUAAAACAAAAAGUAAUUUUGGUCAAUAUAAUGGUAUAUUUGUAAAGCGCCUUAAUAGAUCCCUUGUGAAGGCACUAUAUACCACGGUUUACUUUUAUAUUGUAUUAUGUAUAUAAGUAUUUUGUAUUAAAAUUGAAUCAGUACAACACUACAGUUUUAUAAAGUAAUGCUUUGUUAGGAAAAGGAAUUACAGCUUUGCAAUAUAACUGAAUUGUUUUGCAUACUUAUGAAUGUAGUAGAAAUGAAUAAUCAGCCUGUGUUUUUAAUGAAUCUAUUUGUAUUUUCCCAAUCAUUUUCUCUAGUGUAACAUUUGCUGGGAUCAUAAUAAAAAAAAAAAAAGCAAAAUUCAAAUCUUUAAAUUAUGUGUGGAAAGCUUUUAGGGUAAGUUGACUUUUUUAAUUCAAAUAUUUAAUCUUUUUAUUCUCAGAAAAUUUAUGGUCAAAAAUCUGAUACUUUGGAAUUAAAAAAAAAGAAAAAAUAUAUAUAUAUAUAGCUAAUGAUAAUUCCUACUUAGAUUAAGGCAAACUGAAUAGAGUUAGUGUAACCCAGUAAAAUGUUUUCAUUUUGUCCAAUAUAAGUACAAUGAAUAGUUCAUGUUAAAGGCUUCCUUUAGGUCAGUACAGGUUUAAAAAAUUAAUAAUUUUCAAUUAUUAAACUCUGCUUCUAGUA